AUGCUAUUCCCAUUUAUUAUAUUCUAUAUCGUCGGCGGCAGUUUAACGGAGGCGAAAACUCAAUACUGGUGUCAUGGAGACGGAGUUUUGAGCAAUCAACACACAUGUCGUUUCUUCACGAUAGUCAUCGACGCGGGUUCGACGGGUACUCGGUUACAUCUCUACAAGUUUAUACACGAUCCGGCGACGGCUUCACGCGGAAUGCCGUUUAAAGUUGAGAAAGAGAUUUUUCAGGAGGUGAAACCAGGACUCUCCUCGUUCGCCAAAUCGCCGAUCGACGCGGCCAACUCACUGGAGCCAUUGCUCCAAAGAGCCCGUCAGGAAGUCCCCCAUUUCAUGUGGGAAAAGACGCCGAUCACACUGAAAGCGACAGCGGGACUCCGCCUCCUUCCCGGUGAUAUGGCAGAUGAUAUAUUGGAAAAAGUGGAAGAGCGAAUAUUUAAUAGCGGAUUUUUUGCGGCGUUUCCCGAUGCGGUGAACGUGAUGCCGGGCAGUGAUGAGGGUGUUUACAGCUGGUUCACACUUAAUAUUCUACUCGAAACUCUUUUCAAUGACGAACCAACGAUCGGUCAUAACAAGCCAUGA